UAUAAAGCUCCAGAGGCGGUCAGGCACCUGCAAGGAGCCCCACCGCUCUGCCGAGCUGCCCCCGCAAGCAGCGGCCUCGUGAUUCCCCUGCUGAGCCGGUCCCCGCCUCCCCACUCCGCCUCCGCCUCCCCCGAAGCCAAGAAGCCGCCUCUUCGGAUUGCUCUCUUCUCUUCCUGGAGCUCCCGUGCGGGAAGGUGCUAGCGAAAGAGAGGCGGCAGCUGGAGGUGACGCCGGGCAGAUUACGCCUGUGGCAGAGCCGGGCCGAGCGGGGCGGAUUGCUGGGCGCUACGCAGAAGAGCGACCGGAGCGCCCGGCUUGCUGUCUCCCAACCUAGCGAGAAAUCCGGGUACCUCAGAGAGUUGUAUGGAGAGGAAAUACAGAAACAAGAAUAGAACCCCGUUCUUGCCUUCGAGAUGACUCAAAGCGGGUGGGGCAAGAGGGAGACAAGCGAGGUUCCGACUCGCUGCUUUCUGGCUGUCUGGAGUACAAGGCGACUGUAUUUCUUCCCCAGCCAAGUCCGAGGGAGAACGUAAAGACACGGACCCUUUUUUCCCUCUCACCUUGUCUCACCAAAGUCCCCGGUCCCCGGAGCAGUUGGCCUCCUUCUUUCCAGGGAAUCAGCCAGACACAACAAGGGGAACCAGACACCGAACCAGACGUGCCCGCCCCGUGCGCCCUCCUCCCCCCCCCACACCCGCCUGCCCGCCCGCCCGCCCGCCCGCCGGCUGCUGAGAGCCCAAUAGUGCCUGUCGCGGCUAGGCUGGAAAACCGCGCACUGAGCCUCCCUAGCCCUCCUAGCCCAGUACCCCGCACCCGCGCGACCUGCCCUGGUCUUGUGCUCCUCUAGUCUCAGCGCUGGGCUCCAGCCUGUUCCUAAGCCCGGCCGGCCGAGGACCCCGGACAGCAGAGGACAGGGGACAACCGAGCAGAUGGCGUCUUCGACCCCUUCUUCGUCCGCAACCUCCUCGAACGCGGGAGCGGACCCCAAUACUACCAACCUGCGCCCCACAACGUAUGACACCUGGUGCGGCGUGGCCCAUGGAUGCACCAGAAAACUGGGGCUGAAGAUCUGUGGCUUCUUGCAAAGGACCAACAGCCUGGAAGAGAAGAGCAGGCUUGUGAGCGCCUUCAAGGAGAGGCAGUCCUCCAAGAAUCUGCUUUCCUGUGAAAACAGCGACAGGGAUGGUCGCUUCCAGCGCACAGAGACCGACUUCUCCAACCUGUUUGCUCGAGAUCUGCUUCCAGCUAAGAACGGGGAGGAGCAAACUGUGCAGUUCCUGCUGGAGGUGGUAGACAUACUCCUCAACUACGUCCGCAAGACAUUCGAUCGCUCCACCAAGGUGCUGGACUUCCACCACCCCCACCAGCUGCUGGAAGGCAUGGAGGGCUUCAACCUGGAACUCUCUGACCACCCUGAGUCCCUGGAGCAGAUCCUGGUCGACUGCAGAGACACCCUGAAAUAUGGCGUCCGCACAGGUCAUCCUCGAUUUUUCAACCAGCUCUCCACUGGAUUGGAUAUCAUUGGUUUAGCCGGCGAAUGGCUGACAUCAACUGCCAAUACCAACAUGUUUACAUAUGAAAUUGCACCAGUGUUUGUCCUCAUGGAGCAAAUAACACUUAAGAAGAUGAGAGAGAUAGUUGGAUGGUCAAGUAAAGAUGGUGAUGGGAUAUUUUCUCCUGGGGGAGCCAUAUCCAACAUGUACAGCAUCAUGGCUGCUCGCUACAAGUACUUCCCGGAAGUUAAGACAAAGGGCAUGGCGGCUGUACCCAAGCUGGUCCUCUUCACCUCAGAACACAGUCACUAUUCCAUAAAGAAAGCUGGGGCUGCACUUGGCUUUGGAACCGACAAUGUGAUUUUGAUAAAGUGCAAUGAAAGGGGGAAGAUAAUUCCAGCUGAUUUAGAGGCAAAAAUUCUUGAAGCCAAGCAAAAGGGAUACAUUCCUCUGUAUGUCAAUGCAACUGCCGGCACGACUGUUUAUGGCGCUUUUGAUCCCAUACAGGAGAUUGCAGAUAUAUGUGAGAAAUACAACCUCUGGCUGCAUGUCGAUGCUGCCUGGGGUGGCGGGCUGCUCAUGUCUCAGAAGCACCGCCAUAAACUCAGCGGCAUAGAAAGGGCCAACUCAGUCACCUGGAAUCCUCACAAGAUGAUGGGCGUGCUGUUGCAGUGCUCCGCCAUCCUGGUCAAGGAAAAGGGUAUCCUCCAAGGAUGCAACCAGAUGUGUGCGGGGUACCUCUUCCAGCCAGACAAGCAGUAUGACGUCUCCUACGACACUGGGGAUAAAGCCAUUCAGUGUGGCCGCCAUGUGGACAUCUUCAAGUUCUGGCUGAUGUGGAAAGCAAAGGGCACAGUGGGCUUUGAAAAUCAGAUCAACAAAUGCUUGGAGCUGGCAGAAUACCUCUAUGCCAAGAUUAAAAACAGAGAGGAAUUUGAGAUGGUUUUUGAUGGUGAGCCUGAGCACACGAAUGUCUGUUUCUGGUAUAUUCCACAAAGCCUAAGGGGCCUUCUGGAUAGCCCUGAGCGACGGGAAAAACUACACAAGGUGGCCCCGAAAAUCAAAGCCCUGAUGAUGGAGUCUGGCACAACCAUGGUUGGCUACCAGCCUCAGGGGGACAAGGCCAACUUCUUCCGGAUGGUCAUCUCCAACCCAGCCGCUACCCAGUCUGAUAUCGACUUCCUUAUUGAGGAAAUAGAGAGGCUGGGCCAGGAUCUGUAAUUGCCGUCCAUAGAACAUGAGUUUCUGGGACUUCCCUUUCCCCUCUGGUAUUCUAGAACAAACUCUAUAUGUUGCUGAAACACAUAGGCCAUUUCAUUGAGGGAAAACAUAAUAUCUCGAAGAAUACUGUUAAAACCUUACUUAAGCUUGUUAGAGUUAGCAGGAAAUGAUGUUCUUUUUCAAAAGUUGCACAUUAGGAGCACAGUAUAUAUGUACAGCUAUAUAUACCUCUCUCUAUAAAUAUAUGUCUGUAUAGUGAGUGUGGCUUAGUAAUAGAUCGCAGUAUGUCUCCCACUCUAUGAGAAUUCAGUUUACCUUCAGCAGUUACUGAGGGGCCAGACAUGCUGCAAACCAGCUUGUGCAACAACCCCUGGAAAGAUGUUUUUCAAAAUGCCAGGUGUCGGGGACCAAGGGAAAUGCUGUUGGCAGGAGUUGACUUCAUUGUCGGUAUUUCUCCUGCCUGAAGUGAUGAUGGAUGAGAAAAAGCACCACUGGCUGACAAGAGUCCCGCCCUUCCCAUUAGUAUCCUGUGAGGGGAAAUCAGUAGCAGAGUCAUUGUUUCAGGUGUACUAUUGCUGUAUUUUUAGAGAUUAAUUUGUAUAGAUUGUGGAUAUUUCUGUUGUCUGACCUUGGGGCAGAGUGGAAGAACACAUGUAAUGAUUUCAAUGACUGUUUAACAGUAGGUAUAUGAAAUAUUUGCUUAUUUAUAUUCAGAGAUUUACCAUGUUAAAGAGGCGUCUUGUAUUUUCUUCCCAUUUGUAAUGUAUCUUAUUUAUAUAUUAAUGCAGUAAGUUCUGAAAACUGAUUAUGGUAUUUUCGUGCACUUGUGAGCCAAAGAGAAAAGAUUAAAAUUAGUGAGACUUGUAUUUAUAUUAGAGUGCCCUUAAAAUAAUGAUUUAAGCAUAAGUUUACUGUCUGUAAGAGAACUCUGAUACUGUACAUAACGUAUAUAUGGAAAUCCUGUUACUUACAUAGCAUCUGCUCUUCUAUUACCCUCUCUGUCUGGCUGUAUGUCUGGUGUUCUCUACGCUUUUCUAGUAACUGUUGCGUAAUAACUAGAUGCCCUGUAAUUUUGUAGUAGCUCAUGACCAAUCUCUGUGACUUGCUUAGCACAAACCUAAGGCAAUGUUUCCCAAGACCUUCUGAAGUCAGAUAAACUGACCAGGCUCACAACUGUUUUUGAAGAAAGGAAAUUCACACUGUGCGUUUUAGAGUAUGCAAGAAGAAUAUAAACAAAUAAAAAUAUUCUCCGUGGAGAAUUUGAACAAAAUUUUCUUUUAGUAUCUGUUUCAUGCAGAAAGAGAGGUUUCCAGUUAUAGUUACUGGGAUCACCACAGCCCAUUCACUCUCCACUAGCUGGCUUUAGGUGAUGCUCGGUACCUUUGUUAAGUUGGGACUCAACCCACAGUCUUAGGUUCCCAAGCCCCUUAUCUAAAAAUCAUUGGGAUUCUAAUUAAAUAAAAUUUGCAAUUCACACCUGGAAAAAGAAAAGCCAUUCCUGUUUUUCAUUUUCCUAUCUGAAUCUUGGAGUUCCAUUCAUUCAGUUACUCAACAAAUGUUUUCUUCCUCUGUGGCAGGCAGUGUUCUAGCACUAGGGUUGCAGAGGUGUGCAUGGCAGACAAAUUUUCCUUCUCGUGGGGAUCUUCCAUCACUUGGUGUCUGUGGUAUCUGAAUACGUCUGAGAGCACAGAAUUGUGCCUUCCUGCUGUUUAUGCUUGUACAGUGGGCCCAGUUCACUUUCUCAGGAAACAUAUUUUGGUGCUGGAUCAUUAUGAAAUAGGGUCCAUUUUCUACAAUAUUCUAUUAAGCUAUGAUAAUACUAUCUCACUCAUUUGGAAUACAAGGAGUUCCCUAUUUGGCACUUGUAGGGAUUAAAUGAGUCAUUUGUAAUUAACAUACUGAUUGUACAAGUAACUAUUGUAUUAAACAAACUGGGCUCCAUAAGGAGGUGAUGAUAAAGUCACUUUAUUCUUUCUCUUACUUUUCCUUCAAAUCCCCUCUGUGGGCUGAUUGUUUCCACGCCUCCAUUUGAAUUCAGGCCGAUCCCAUAGCUUUCCUGGCCUCUCAGUCACAAGAACAGUCUCAUUUUAGCAACUAAAUGUCCAGGUCACUGUGAUAAGCAAGACCUCAAAUUUGUAUACAAUAUAGAGCUCCUCCCCUUCCUCCC